UAUGAUAUGUAGGAAGACAGAGUGAGAAGCCAAACUUUGAGCCCAUGAAAUGGACACCCGGAACAAAGUGAUCAACUUGCUGUUUCUUAUAGCACUCAUGGCAACUGCUCUGAGCGCUGUGAUCACGGAUCCACCCCAAAGGACAGUGGAAGCUCCUCUUGGCUCCUCUCUGAUCCUCAACUGCAGUUUUGAGCCCCAGACUAGUGCCUGGGUGAGGUGGUGUUUCAACAUAAACCAAUCAUGCGGUGAUUUAUGUUCCAGUCAACUUUCCACCCAUAAGAUAUCGGUCAACAAGACUGUGGAGCAGAACGAUGGAGGUCAUGUCCUUCAGGAGUCUGGGAGAGCUUGGUYCAGACUGACUGUGAGAGAUGUCCGGUACAAUGACAGUGGGUGGUACUUCUGCCAGGUUUUGGCAGAUAUCCCUUCCCUUAGAAACAGUUUUAGCAAUGGAACUCAAGUUAUUAUUACUGGCAAGACAACAAAGAGUACCCCUCCAUUGAUGACAGUAACUCGGUCUCCCCACUCCAAUGGGGGUUUGUUUCUAGGCUGGAAGCUGUGGGUAGCAGUGGGAGCAGCAAGUGCCAUACUGGUUCCACUGCUAGUGGUCAUCUGGAUCUUACUACAACGAAGGAGAAGCAUAAUACAAAGAGAGAAUCCUACCUAUACCAAUAUGCCUGCAAUAAAACAACCCUCUCCGCGUCCAGCACAACAGACGGACAAACAGAAGAUUUCUCCCACUUUAAAAUAUCUCAGGACCCCAACUCCAGCCAGAACCCACGACAACAAACACAUCAGGAUCCCAACUCCAGCCAGAAGCCAUGACAACAAACACAUCAGGAUCCCAAUUCCAUGCAGGGCAAAUGACAACAAACACCUCACCAAGAUCUCAACUCCCCCCAGGGCCCAUGACAACAAACCCCUCACCAAGAUCUCAACUCCCCCCAGGGCCCAUGACAACAAACCCCUCACCAAGAUCUCAACUCCACCCAGGGCCCUUAACAACAAACCCCUCACCAAGACCCCAAAUCCACCUAGAGCCCAUGAUGGCAAACAUCUUCCAACUCCUGCCAGGGCACAUGACCUCAGGACCCCAACUCCAUCCAGGGCCCAUGACAGCAAAUAAAGCUCAAAACCUUGACUUUUUAUGAUUCAUAUUUCCUAUCCUGAAUCUUCCAACAAAUCAAACUAUCUCAGCAAGUAAUUUAAUCCUGUGAGUGUAGUGCAACUCUGUCCUAUUUUACAGAGCUAUCACUUCAGUAUUGUUUUUGGUUGCUGUUAAUUAAUUUUCCAGCAGAUGGCAUGCUAUGGUAGCCUACUAAAUUAGGAUAAAUUAUCGUUGUCUAAAUAUUAUUCUCAGGGUCAUUUAAAGUUACCCCAGUUCUGUAAAGCAUCAUUUAGUAAUAAGGAAAAUAAGUGCUAUUUUCUGGAAGGUAUUUUGUAUAGGUAGCCUUUGUAAAAAGACUGUUUGAGCAACACAUAUUGGGCUUGAAAUACAUAUCUAUAGCUGUUUAUAGUGCAUUCAUAAAAUUCCAUAUUUCAAUCUUUACUUGCAAUGGUAGCGCAAAAAUUGUGAACCAAUAAAGUAUGUGACUGGCAAUUGUGCUAUAUUUAC